CCUUGCCUCAGAGUUUAGCAGCAUAUAAACGCAUGGUGUAUUAUGACGUUGGCUUGACUCUCGCCCGUUAUAUGCUGUGUACCUAGGUAGAUAUCCCGCCGGGCCAUGGGCCGGUUCUCUGGCUCCCUGCGUGAGCAACGCCGCCCUUAGGAAUGCUUCUGUCUCACAACCCCUUCCGCCCUCACCUACGCCCGCUAAGACAUUUCCUAGGAGCAUCGACUUUCCAACCUCACAACGGCUCGAGCUGAGAACUCGAUCCGGAAAUGAAAUCAACAUGAAAAACAAGCCUGUGGGACGUCGUCCCCGGACCAGCAGCACUCGGCCUGUCUCGCCUUCUCUCGAGCUGACGGGAGCCGCUGCAUCUGAGGCCGGGUGCUCAUGAUCUUCUGAAGUUCUCACCCUCGACAUGCCGGGCCUGUAAGUAAGCCAUUGAGCGCUCAGCAUCAUGGAUGUGCCAUCACCAUCACCGACAGCCAGCACAUACGACUAUGUCUACGACAAGGACAGCGACUCGUACGUCCUGGGGCGGGCCCAGGACGCCCCGAUCACGAAGCUGCACUGGGUGGUGCUCGCAAACCUGGUGCUGCUCCUCAUCUUCUGCUUCAUCACCAUCCUCACGUCCGGGCUCGUCUUCGGCCACAACGUCGAGUCGGACGACUGCCUCGGCCAGAGCUGGGUCAUGUUCUCGGUACGUUCCCGUCACAUCUCACACGGCGCUUGCAUGGCCAGCAGACGGGACAACAAACGGCUGCAGUCCUGUGGCCUGCAUGCUGCUGCAUGAUGCAUGCCGUAUCACCGUGAGGAUCCCGUUCCGGCCGGCUGCUAACCCCAAACUGUACAUGAGCAGUCAAUCAUGGGCUUCCUGUACGUCGCCCUCCACCUGCACGCCGCGCGGAAGGGUGAGCUGGUCGGCCACGUCCACCAUCCCACCGUCCAGCAGCCCCUCCAGGCCUCCGCCAUCGUCGUCGCCCGGAUCGACCUCAUCGCCUGGGCCGUCUCGCUCAUCAUCGUCUCUGUCUCGGUAUCCAAGGGCCCGUCGCCUGUGGCCUGCGUGAAUCUUGUGGCCUGUGCUUCUGCAACCCCUAUACUGAUCUUCAUCAACUGCGUCGCAGAAAAAGCAUCGCGGCCGUUCGACCUCCCCUACAUCACCUCACGCUACUCCCGCCCCCCGAGCGUCGUCACCUGCCGCGUCUCAGACCUCAUGGCCGCCAUGGCAUCCAUGCCCGAGGUCACCUCAGAGGACAGCAUCUCGCGGCGCGGCUCGGCCGUCUCGCUGCCCCGCAGCCACCACAGCAACAACAUCCACGGCUCGCGGCCAAACUCGCACACCCAGCACGCGGCGGCCAUCGCAGCGGCACACAAUGCGUCGGCCUCUGGCGGGGCAGCAGCAGCAGGAGGGGGCCACCUCGGAGGGCCCAGGGCGCCGCCGUCCAGCGUGAAGGAGUCGUCGGCCUCGUACUCGUUCAACCGCUUCGACGACAGGACCAAGCGGCAGAUUGCCGACUCGGUCAGCGAGGCCUCGCAGACCUCGGAGGCGAGGGUGCGCAUCGGCGGGCCGCGGCCGCUGGCCGCGAGUGACAUUGCCGUCAAGACGGGCGUGCUGCCGCCGCCGGUGUGCACGGAGCCCAAGGAGGUGCCGCAGUAUCCGCAGCAUUCGCAGUAUUCGCAGCAGCAGCAGCAGCAGCAGCAGCAGCACAUGCACAUGCACCAACAGUACCAGCCACCUCAGCAGCAGCCAUACCAGCAGUACACCACUGACCCCGAGAAGACAGGUUCGGAGACCGGAGGCGGCGGGGGCUGGGCCAAGGACUGGUGGGCCCUGAGGACCAUGGCCGGGUGGGUCAGCCCGGCGGGGAGCGGGGCCACGACGCCCGUGUCGACGCCCGGGGUGGGUCCGAGCCCGGGGCCCAUGGGCGGCAACAACAGGUCGAGGGCGGCGCGGCUGUCGACCGUAGCCGAGGACUGGGUGCCGGCAGGGGGUGUCGGCGGCGGCAGUGGCAGCAGUGAUAGUGGUAGAGGUCAUGGGCCAUACCCGCCGCCUGCCCGGCCGCCGCUGACCAGGGGCUCGCGGGACAAUGGCUACCACAACGUGCAGCACGAUGUGAACGGGUCAGCCGGCCCGACAACACCUCCAGCCGUGGCAAGCCCAGGCAGUCGGCCAUUGCGGGCGCCCACCGCGGCGAGGGUCAGGCUCGUGCGGGCCCAGGAGGCGCUCAAGUCCCAGGCGAGGGCCAAGUCCGGGGCGACGGUGGUGCUCACGAGGCCGGUGCACCUGACUGGGGAUCGUCGGGAGGACCGUCCGGCGCCGACGAGACCGCCGCUGCAGAGUACCUUGAGCAUUCCGGGGUCGUAUGUGGACUAGCAAGGACCAGACGACGAUGAAGACAGACUGUGGAUUCGAAGCGGGUGGAGCAAAUGAUUCUCUGAUUCCCAGCGUGUAGCAAGCAAGCAAGCAAGCAAGCAAGCAA